AUGAUCAUUGGCAAAGCAAAAUCUAAAGUCCAUGACGAAACGCUGUUUGCUGCUACAUAUUUCAUGAAUCCUCUUGAAGCUGUUCAUCGUUACAUCAAUGGCAACUCUGUACCCGAAUCUCAUAAUACAGAAGAGGCUCCAGAGGCGCGUUGA